AGGAGCAGGAGUUCCACCGCCAGGAACAUCCACUGUUAUACUUCCCACCUACACGUCCUUAGAGACAUAGAUGACUUUGACCCCAGUGAAUUGUGGGAAAAUAAAAUUAUUCGCCAUGCGUUCAUCAGAAAGGUUUUUCUGAUUCUGGCGUUGCAGCUGUUAGUGACAACCUCAAUCGUAGCGGUGUUCACGUUCGUUCAUCCAGUGCAUCUCUUCAUCAUCCAGAAUCCUGUGCUUUACGGGUCGUCUCUCUGUGUUUUUUUACUAACAUACCUCAUCGUGGAUUUCUGUAGAAAAGAGUGGAGACAAUUUCCUGUGAACCUGAUUCUCCUGUUCAUAUUUACUCUCACCAUGUCCUUUACGGCUGGAACAAUGUCAAGUUAUUAUGAGACGAACCUUGUGGUUUAUUAUCUGCUAAUGAUGUUGGUGGUGUGUGUGACCAUUCUAGUGUUCAGUUUCCAGACCAAGGUGGGCUUCCCCUCCUUUAUUGGUUUUUUUUAUGUUCUGGGCAUUGAGACUUUUAUAACAGUCAUCCCCACACUUAUCAUCUUCUUCCUUCACCCUGUUAAGCAGUACCCCAUCCUGUACUCAUUUUUCUGGGUCUGGUUUUACACUGUGGUCCAGGUAAUCAAAACUCAUUUGCUGACAAGUAAGCGACAUUAUGACCGAUUUCAGAGAGAGUACAUGUUCGGAGCUCUGUAUUUCUGCACAGACAUCGUUAUUAUCUUCGCCUUUCUGCUGCAGAUCGUCCUCCUCAGCUCCAAAUGAACGCACGCACACGCACACACACAAACACACACAUCCAACAACAUCGCAGUUGAUCCACAUCCGAUCUGUGCAGAUCACAACCCACACUUUGGCACGCACGUGACCCGCAGAUUGUUCCAACCACAGUGAAAUAAGACUUUUCUCCAGAACCCUGAUAAAAAAAUGUACAGAUGUGGCCAUUAAAAAUGCGUGUCACAGGAAAGCAGAUCACCAAAAUAAAAUAUUCAGUGUCCAAAA